AUGAAAGAAGAGAAAAAUAAACUGAAAAAAGUAGGCACUUUAAAUAAUGUCUAUAAUUAUCUUCAACUUGAUCAAUUUAGAUUAACAAUUGAUCGUAUUUAUUCAUUACUUGAUCAAUGUACAGAUGAACAAUUUCUUCUAUGUCUAUUAUCAUUAUUACGUAAUCUUUUUGAUGAAAAAGAUACAGAUACACUAUUACCAAUAUUUAAUGCAACAAAAUUAUUAGCUGCAUUACAACGAUUACUUGAUAAAAAUCAUCCCGAAGGAAUUCGUUGUGAAAUAAAUGCAUUAAUUGAUCAUCUUAACUCAAGCAAUAAUCCAUCUCAACAACGAAUGUCUUCAGAUUCGAUUAAUUCAACUUGUCGAACAUCACUUUUUCCUGAAUAUGUUUGUGAAGAAAUGGAUCAAUUAGAUUGUUCAUAA